UGGUUAAUGUACAUGUCUGUUGUCGACCGUCUCUAAGCAGCAGGUUCAGCUUUCCUCCUCCCGCUCCUGUCUCACCGCCUCCUCCACUGUACCGGGACUAAAGGGGGAUACACGGGUCAUUGACUUGAAUGUAUAAACAUUUAUGUGGAACAGGGUUUGCACCGAAGGAAUAUACGACAGGAGGGGUUGGAACGGAAAUGAUGUGGUAGCACUGAGUAGCCAGCAGACCGGUAGCCCUUGGAGCUUUAUUUCUGUGGCUGUUGCCGUGGUUCGGUUCGGUUUAUUUGGCCUAAAGCUGAUCCACUGUUCGUAUUGUAGAUGCGUGGCGUCAGUUGUGGUGUGUGAGUGGCGCAGGCAGCCCACCUGUGAUUGUGCGAGGCAGGAUCAGUUCGGUCCGGUUGGGCCCGGCGGCAGGCGGAUUGUAAAGCAGCACAGGAAUGACUCUGGAUUCUAUGAUGGCGUGUUGCCUUAGUGAGGAGGCAAAGGAAUCAAAGCGGAUCAAUGCUGAGAUAGAGAAACAACUUAAACGGGACAAGCGGGAUGCUAGAAGAGAACUGAAACUUCUCUUAUUGGGUACUGGAGAGAGUGGGAAAAGUACAUUUAUUAAGCAGAUGCGCAUCAUUCAUGGCUCAGGCUACUCAGAGGAAGACAAGCGGGGCUUCACAAAGCUGGUGUUUCAGAAUAUUUUCACUGCUGUGCAGUCCAUGAUCCGAGCCAUGGAGACUUUAAAAAUCCCAUACAAGUAUGAGAACAAUAAGAACAAUGCGCAGUUGGUUCGAGAAGUGGAUGUAGAAAAGAUUUCAUCAUUUGAGCAGCCAUACGUUAGUGCAGUCAAGAGUUUAUGGAAUGACCCUGGGAUUCAAGAGUGCUAUGACAGACGAAGGGAAUAUCAACUUUCGGAUUCCACUAAGUACUAUCUUAGUGAUGUGGAUCGUAUAGCUUCUUCUGGAUACGUUCCUACACAGCAGGAUGUGUUGCGGGUUAGAGUCCCCACAACUGGUAUCAUUGAAUAUCCCUUUGAUCUGGAAAAUAUUAUCUUCAGAAUGGUUGAUGUUGGAGGUCAGAGAUCUGAACGAAGAAAAUGGAUUCAUUGUUUUGAGAAUGUGACAUCCAUCAUGUUUUUAGUAGCCCUUAGUGAAUAUGAUCAAGUUCUGGUAGAAUCUGAUAAUGAGAACCGUAUGGAAGAAAGUAAAGCACUCUUUAGGACCAUUAUCACGUAUCCAUGGUUUCAGAAUUCUUCUGUCAUUCUGUUCUUGAACAAGAAGGAUCUCCUGGAAGAGAAAAUCAUGUAUUCACACCUUGUCGACUACUUUCCAGAAUUUGAUGGCCCACAGAGGGAUGCACAAACUGCCCGAGAGUUUAUUCUCAAGAUGUUUGUAGAUCUGAACCCAGACAGUGACAAAAUAAUAUACUCUCACUUCACUUGUGCUACGGACACAGAGAACAUCCGCUUUGUUUUUGCUGCUGUGAAGGACACCAUCUUGCAACUAAAUCUGAAAGAAUACAACCUGGUCUGACCUAGUGGAGUGUGAAACUUGCAAUGCAGGAAAGCAUUCACAAGCAACAGAAUGAAAACAUAACCUUGAUAUCAAAAGAAUCUUUCACUUUUUAAUAAUAUAAUCAUAGCAACUUGUGUGAUCCUUGGAGCUAAAUGUCAAACAGGAGUUUUUCAUUGAAAGUUGAUUAUUAUUAUUACUUUUUUAAUGAGAAGUUUGCUCUUAAAGACUUUGGGAGACAACCGGUCUGGCAUUAAAAAAUAAUCCUCUUGUGCCAAAACAUCAUACCCCUUCAGCCUGUUACUUUCACUGGCUUUUACUGUCACCCUCUUGACUGUUGCAUAGUCGAAUCAUGUUUGGCCUCUUACAUUUGUUCCAAAUUGCAGGAGGGUAUGAAUACUGGAACUUUUUAAGGAUGUAUGUGUUCUGCCUCUCCUGAUGUGCUUCUGCCUUGUUUAACUGCUUGCUCUCUUGAUGCCAUAACCUAAUUCUUAGCUGUCACUGUUGUCCCCCUAUUAGCCAGUCUGGCUUAGUGCCCAUUAAUGGUAUGGUUAUUUCCACAGGAGCUUUCCUGCUGCAUGAGAAACUGAUAGCCAUUUUUGGACUGUUGAGCCAAUGAACUGUUGUACUUUAGUGUUAUCAGCUAAGAGGGGACAGGCACUUUCUAAAACGUGUAUGGGGAUUUUAAGGAAAUGGUGGAGGAGGUGAGCAAAACUGACAAGGUCUUAAGGAUAGACACUGCUACACUCCAGAGCUCCUUAAGGGACCUUUAUAUGCCAAUUGGCUCAAUGCUAAGCCAUCAUAACUACGUUCUUUGAUGUAGUUUUUAUUCAGUUUUAAUUUUUUUGUUAUCAAUGAUAAGUAUUGAUACUGUGAUUUGAUUUAAAUUAUUGAUGUUCUCUAUACAUAGUUUGCUAUGAUGCUGUACUUUUGUUUAGGGACUACAAAGAUGGGAGCUUACCAUUAAGUCACUGAGCAACCUUUUGAGGCAAAUCUGUGGCCUGGGUUGAGUAUUUUUUUUUUUUAUAUAUACACUGAUCAUGGUGUGAUGGUGUGAAGAAGCAGUAUCAUGCACAUCAGUGUGUGUUUGUGUGCGUGGACUGAUUUGAUCCAUUAGAAUGCCUACUGUUCCAGACCAUUUUCCUUUGAGUCCAGAACUGCCAGUGUAAACCAGAUUCAAAGGACCCAGUUGGUAGUGUGGCAUCCAUGGUUUUUGGCUGGCUUGUACUUUGCAUCAUGUAUUUGUGGUGCAUAGUUGCCGGUCUUCAGUGUCAAACUGUUACAUGAGAGUUGAGGUGUGAUCAGUUUCAGUUCCUGUAUUAUGUUGUGAAAAUAGAAGUGCUAGAGAGUUCAGUAUUUAUGAAAUUGCCAUCAUGUAAUGUGCAGUUAUUUUUCAGCAGUUUGCUUGGCUAUUGGGUGCCAUUGCAUUCAUGCACCAGCAGAAAUUAACUCUGCUUCAGUACAAUUGCAGUAAAGAACUCCAAGGAUGUAGAUUGUUCAGCCUUAGUAAAUUUUUAAAAUGACUGCCUGAUACAUUCUACCAUUUGCCUUGUACUUUCCCUCAGUCCAUUUAGCCAUGCAUUACAGCUGUCUUAUAA